GUGAGCUCUUUAACGCCACCCCUUCAGCUAGGCGAGCUUCAGCGAGAGGGCAGGGUGUAAACAAAUCUCGAUCGCAUUCACGGGGACACCGGGGAUCCGUAUUUUAUAUUAAGGCGAAAUGGGAACUGGAAAGCAUAAAGAAUGUAGAAGAGACUAACCGCGGCGAAAUUCUCAGCCCGACUAAACAGUGCUUGUGCUCAGAGGAAACUGCAACGGUGAUUGUGGGCUGUAGGUGUAUCUAUGCACUAUAUGAUAUUACAUGCGCGAUGGCGACUCCUGCGGAGCAUGAUCUCACCUUAGCUGAAGCCGAAAGCAAUAAGGAGAAGGACCAAGUGUUCGGCAUCCUCAGAUUACAAGAAGAAAAAUCGACCGAGAAAGCUUGCAGUAAUCUGAAAGCGGCGGAUGGGAGGUGGCAGGCUCCCAUAUUCGCGUUAGCUAGAAAAGCCUCCGAGACCCUGUCAGGAAGCAUCCACGUUCUGCCCAAGGUAGUGGAACAGCGAACCUCUCCCCAUUUUUCAGACGACUGGGGUGCCAAGGCUCUGCGAGACCCCAUGGCGAUGGAGCGAGCAAACCUGCUGAACAUGGCCAAGCUCAGCAUCAAGGGGCUGAUCGAGUCCGCGCUGAGCUUCGGGCGCACGCUGGACUCCGACUACCCUCCCCUGCAGCAGUUCUUCGUCGUCAUGGAGCACUGUCUGAAGCACGGCCUCAAAGUGAAGAAGUCUUUUCUGGGCUACAACAAGUCUCUGUGGGGUCCCCUGGAGCUGGUGGAGAAGCUGUGUCCAGAGGCUGGUGAGAUCGCAGCUAGCGUCAGAGACUUGCCUGGUCUCAAGACUCCACAGGGACGAGCGCGGGCGUGGUUACGCCUGGCUCUGAUGCAGAAAAAGUUGGCUGACUACCUGCGUUGUCUCAUCACAAGGAAGGAUCUACUGAGUGAUUUUUAUGAAUGUUCUGCGGUGAUGUUGGAGGAGGAGGGUGCUGUCAUCGUUGGCCUUCUGGUUGGUCUUAACGUCAUUGACGCUAACCUGUGUGUGAAAGGAGAAGAUCUCGAUGCACAAGUUGGAGUGAUUGACUUUUCCAUGUACCUGAAGAAUGACAUUGAUGACUACAGAAGUGAAGAGAGGAAUGGUCAGAUAGCUGCUAUUUUGGACCAGAAGAACUAUGUGGAAGAACUCAACAGGCAGCUUAAUUCCACAGUCCAGAGCCUGCAAGGACGUGUCGAUUCCCUGGAGAAAUCAAACACUAAACUAAUAGAGGAGCUGGCUAUAGCAAAGAACAACAUUAUCAAACUACAAGAAGAAAACCAUCAGCUCAGAAAUGAGAACACCCUCAUCUUGAUGAAAGCCCAGCAGCAACUGCAGGCCACACAGGGGGAUGUGGAUGUGGAACUGGACACCUACAAGCAGUCACGACAAGGGCUAGAUGAGAUGUACAACGAGGCACGAAGACAACUUCGGGAAGAGUGCCAGUUAAGACAGGGGGCUGUGGCCCAUCAGCCCACUGCGUGCUCCCUGACGUGGGGAGGAGUGGAGACGACGGCUGUGUGCUUGCAGGAUGUGGAGAACGAGCUGGUGGUGCAGGUCAGCAUGAAGCACGAGAUGGAGCUGGCCAUGAAGCUGCUGGAGAAGGACAUCCACGAGAAGCAGGACACCCUGAUCGGGCUGCGGCACCAACUGGACGAGGUCAAGGCCAUCAACGUCGAGAUGUACCAGAAGAUGCAGCGCUCUGAUGACAGUUUGAAACAAAAGAAUGACAUCAUAACCAGGCUGGAAGAGAAGACCAAUCAGAUUACUGCAACUAUGAAGCAGCUGGAACAAAGAUUACAGCAAGCGGAGAGAGAGCGCUGGGCUGCCGAAGAAGGAGCCAGGAAGUUCAAACAGGAUUUCGCCAACAAAGCAGACAGCUUGCAGAGACAGAUCGCUCAGAGAGAGAAACAAUUGCACCAGCUGGAAACAGACUUGAAAAUAGAAAAGGAAUGGAGACAAACCCUGCAGAAUGACCUGGAAAGAGAAAGAGAGACCAUCUCACAGCUUAACACUGAAGCUCAGCAAAUAAAUGGACUUAAAAAGGAGUUUCACAGGUUGCAGGAUGAAAACAGGCAACUGAAACGAAUCUGCGAAGAACAGGAACAGGCUUUGCAGGAGCUCGGCUGCAAACUCAGCGAAUCGAAGCUAAAAAUCGAAGACAUAAAAGAAGCAAAUAAAGCACUACAGGGAGGCCAGGUUUGGCUGAAGGACAAAGAUGCCACCCACUGUAAACUGUGUGAGAAGGAGUUCUCCAUCUCAAGGAGGAAACACCACUGCAGAAACUGCGGAGAGAUCUUUUGCAACGCCUGCUCAGACAACGAGCUUCCUCUCCCUGCCUCACCAAAGCCUGUCAGGGUGUGUGACACCUGCCACGCCCUCCUCCUCCAGCGCUGCUCCUCCAACUCUACGUGAGAGUGUGGUCUGACGCACAGUACACUACGAUAACCUCCGCUUUAACGGUGGGCCACCCCUCUGUGUCUCGGCCAGGCCUUCCGCCAACCAGGAGGCAUCUACCUGUGGAUUGUGUCUGAAGGUGCACUGUGGGUAACGAGGUAGUGGCAAAGUCAUCUUAUUUUAGUUUCUUGGUUACAUUUAGCUUAUAAACUAAUUAUUUUGUGGGAGUCAUCGGUGUAAUAUUUUACGACUGCUCUGAGCCGUCAGCCAACUUAUACAUUACAGUAUGGCCCAGUACUGUGUGGCGCGCUGGAGUGGUCGAUAUUCCAGUGGUGUCAGAACGAGAAGUAACAUUCCUAACAGCUGCAUAAAUCAUUUCUCAAGAAACAACAGCAGUUAUAUCAGAUUGAAAUAUCUUUAUCCUCUGCUGAAGUCAAGCGGGUGUGCUUCAGAGAUGUCUUGUUUUUUGGGAAGCAAAAGCAAUGAGGCAUCAACAUUGUGGCUGCCAGGCUGAUAGUGGCUCUUUUUCUCAAUAGAAAAAUAAGAAACAGAUUAUUGAAUAUAAAGGUCACUGUAUUUUAUGUUAAAAUAUAGCAGACAGUAUGUAAUCCAAUUUUAAAACCUUGAAAAUUCAGAUUUAUAAGGCGAUUCACUUGUGCCUCUGUAAAAUGUAUUGAGUGCUGAUAUGCAGCAACUCCAGCUCAUGUUGUUUUCUGGAUAGUUUUGUGCUUUACAUACAUGGUUUACAUAAUUCACAAACAUGAAUUAACUGCAAGCACUAACUUGAUCCUCAUGCUGCCUAUAAUACUGAGGAACAACACAAAUACAUAAUAGCACAGCAACUUUGUUUUAUAUGAAUUAAAUUCUAAUGAAUUAUGUACUGUUUUAAAAGUAACUUUAUAUUCUUAAUGACUGUUAUGGUGAAAUUAUUGAGUAAUCUAGAGGAUUUUGUGCAAAAACAUAGUUUUAAUAAGAAAAUGCCAAUGCAGGUAUCAUUGUUUUAUACUGUGUUGAACUGGAAUGCUUUCUUUUGUAAAAUGAUUUUCAGAAGCAGCUUUUUGUUAGUUAUCUGUCAUUUAAGUUACACUAAAUUGUUGUAAUUCUUCACAUUUGUUCAAUCAGUGAAACAUUUAAAAAAUGUAAAAUGCCUGUACUAUAAAAACCAAAUAUUAAACAUUUACUGUAAGAAGUAAACAUUAAUUGUGAACAAUUAUUUACUGUAUAUGUAUCAGUUGUAGAUUUGGAAGUCAUUUUGUUUAAACUGAGGUUUAAAUGAUCAUUUUUAUUUCCUUUUUAAAUAAUUUAAAAGAACUGAAUAUUGGUUGUGUUAUGAGCCUUAAUUAAAAACUGACAAAAAUGUUGUAUGUAAAGUAUAUGUAAUUAAAAAGACUAUAUUUCUACAAUAUGAAUUAUGGCCUUAUUUGAUUCAUGUGGAAGCAGUUAUUUUGUGCCAUUAAAUUGCUGCCAUUUUUAAUCAAAUCUGUUUACACACCAUUAUCACUCAGUGCACUAAUUUAAAAUAGUUUGUUACCUCAGUCAUUUGUUGAUGCUAGUGCUUUUGCUGUGCUAAUUGAUAUGUAUUAAAACCAUACAGAAGUUUUCAUUCGA